AUGAAGGCUGCUGAUGGAGAUGAUGGAGAUGAUGGGGGUGAUGGGGAUGAAGAGGGUGAUGGAGAUGAUGGACAUGAUCGAGAUGAUGGAGGGGGUGAAGGGGGUGAAGGAGAUGAUGGGUGUGAUGGGGAUAAUGGAGAUGAUGGAGAUGAUCGAGAUGAUGGAGGGGGUGAAGGAGAUGAUGGUUGUAAUGGGGAUUAUGGAGAUGAUGGAGAUGAUGGGGAUGAUUGGGGUGAUGGGGAUGAAGGGGCUGAUGGAGAUGAUGGAGAUGAUGGGGGUGAUGGGGAUGAAGUGGGUGAUGGAGAUGAUGGAGAUGAUGGGGAUGAUUGGGAUGAUGGGGGUGAUGGGGGUGAUGGAGAUGAUGGAGAUGAUGGGGAUGAUGGGGAUGGGGGGAUGAUGGGGAUGAUGGGGAUGAUGGAGUUGAUGGGGAUGAUGAUGGAGAUGAUGGGGAUGAUGGGGAUGAUGGGGGUGAUGGGGAUGAUGGGGGGAUGA